UUUUUGUAGAAAACUGCUGUCUUUCAAGUAAACAAUAACGUUGAUAUCAGAAAGAAAAUGACUUGUAAAAAGAAUUACCUACGUCAAUAAAGUAGUGUCCCUAGUUUCACCAAUGACAGUACCUGGCAUAAGAUAUUCACCUGUUCAUGUAUGUUAAUAUGUACAGCGUAUACAAUCUAGUUUGUGUAACUGACAGGGUAGAUGUUAUGGUGUUAUUUUUGCAACCUAAGUGCAUUGCCUAACAUUAUUUUCCACUGAAUUUGAUCGAGACCUGUUUUUAAAAACGUACAUUGCUGCUUAAUUAAGCAGUAAGCUACAGGAAUAAUUUAGCAAAAGAUACCUACCAGGCUUGCCAGUGGGAAAAUCCGAGACAAAGUCGAUUCGUCUUAGUUACAGCUACAGAAUAUGGCAAGGAUAAGAUUUGUAUUUCCAAUGAAAGCAGAGCUUUUUACUUUUCAUGAAGCUGAUAACCACGUACUGGAUACCAGUCUACAAUCAACUGUGUGAAACUGAACCUAGACACUUGUAUCAGAACCAAGGGGGAGCUUGUGGCAAUCUGUUGAUUGUGGCUGCCAGUAUUUGACACUGUCAUGGUAAUUACCUACAUAAGCAAAGAAUGAAGAUGAUCAUUGACCUCUGAAGUGACUGAACAGUUGACAAAUGGAGUCUUGUAUUUGGAGAUAAGUCCAAACCAUAUUUUGUUGAAGUACAGUGUAUACUUAAACAGCCAAGAUACAAUGCAAAAAAUGCUGAGAUUGGGAUUUUUUGUGUUGUGUUUGGAGGUGAUUGGGGUACCCCUGAUCCAGGGACACAGCGCUUUCACUUGUGAACCCAUUCAAGUUCACAGAUGUCUUGGGAUGCACUACAACAUGACAUUUUUUCCUAAUAUGAUGGAACAUUAUGACCAAGAUAUUGCUGCCAAAAAAAUGGAGCCGUUUGUUCCACUGAUCAGUCUUGGCUGUUCUCCAGAAGUCCACAAGUUUAUGUGUGAGGCGUUUGUGCCAGCCUGCACUGACCAAAACAAAGUGAUUCACCCGUGCAGGAGCCUGUGUGAGCGAGUGCACUCUGACUGUGCAAAGGUGAUCGAUACUUUUGGAGUCACAUGGCCCCCGGAGCUUGAAUGUGGCAGGUUGGAAGAAUGUCGAGGUUCUCAGUCUGGUACUCCGGCUCCUUCCACAAAGCAUGCAGUCACCCAGAAGACAGCCCAGCCUGUGCAGAGGGACUAUGGAUUCUGGUGUCCUCUGAAACUCAAGACCCCGGUUGGCCAGAGUUCCAUGUUUCUGGGAGUGAGUGACUGCGCACCGCCAUGUGCGAACAUGUACUUCACAAGCGAUGAAAUCAAAUUUGCCAAGAACUUCAUUGGGAUUCUUUCCAUCAUCUGCCUUUGCGCAACACUGUUUACCUUCUUUACUUUCCUGAUUGACGUCAAGAGGUUCAGAUACCCCGAGCGUCCGAUCAUCUUCUACGCCGUGUGUUACAGCAUCGUCUCCUUAAUCUACUUCACAGGGUUCCUGCUGGAUAACAGCACAGCUUGCAACAAGGCUAACGAGAAGCUGGGGCGCAUGGAAACUGUAGUCCAGGGCUCGCAGAACAAGGCCUGCACUGUCCUCUUUAUGCUGCUUUAUUUCUUUUCCACAGCUGGAACAGUGUGGUGGGUUAUUCUGACCAUUACCUGGUUCUUGGCUGCGGGGCCCAAGUGGAGCUGUGAAGCUAUUGAGAAGAAGGCAGUGUGGUUCCACUCCUCAGCUUGGGGGAUUCCCGGGGCUCUGACAGUGAUGUUGCUGGCCAUGAACAAAGUGGAGGGCGAUAGUAUCAGUGGGGUGUGCUUCGUGGGUCUGUAUGACGUGGACGCACUGCGCUACUUCGUCCUGGCCCCCCUGUGCACUGGUGUGGUUGUGGGUCUGUCUCUGCUCUUGGCUGGCAUCAUCUCCCUCAAUCACGUGCGGCAGGUGAUCCAGCACGACGAGCGGAACCAGGAGAAGCUGAAGAAGUUCAUGAUCCGGAUCGGCGUCUUCAGCUGUCUUUAUCUGGUGCCAUUGGUUACCCUGCUUGGGUGCUACAUCUACGAACAAAGUCACCGGACCACUUGGGAAAUGACGUGGGUCAAUGACCACUGCGAAGAGUACCACAUCCCCUGCCGACCUUACCAGAUUAAGACAUUAGCAAGACCAGAUCUUUCCCUGUUUCUGGUAAAAUAUCUGAUGACCCUGAUCGUUGGCAUCUCUGCCGUCUUUUGGGUCAGCAGUAAGAAGACGUGUUCAGAAUGGGCAUUUUUCUUCAACAAGACUCGCAAGAGAGAUCCCAUCAGCGAGAGUCGAAAAGUGCUGCAAGAAUCCUGCGAGUUUUUCUUAAAACAAAACUCCAGAGUGCAGCACAAAAAGAAGCACUACAAGCCGAACUCCCACAAGCUGAGGGUCAUCUCAAAGUCGAUGGGGACCAGCACAGGAGCAGCGGCAAACCACGGCACAUCUGCAGUCGGCAUCACCAAUCAUGACGUUUUAGCCCAGGCCACAUUCUCAGAGAUCAGGCCUUCAUCGGAUACUUCUGGGAAAGAGCUCGCAGAGCAGGGCAGUUCAACUCGGGCAGUCCAGCCUCGAUCAAAAUCCAGAGAACGGGUACCCUCUGGCCAGGCGUUGCCGUCACGUGCUUUGUCGGGGGAUGUAAUGGAGAAGAGGAGCAAAGCUGGGAGCUCUGGCAAAGUGAGCAGCCUCUCUGAGAGCUUGCAGCGAGUCCCUGAUGGAAGAUUGACCCCUAGAAGUGAUUUUCUGGAGGGUCGUCCAGUACAAAGCAGUCAUCCUCUGCCUCGCAGCUCUUCACAGCACAGCAGCAUCAAGGGGUCCACUUCGUUUCUUGUACACAUUGUUCCUGAAGAGAAGAAAGAGCAAAAUCAGGACAACAGCUGCUCAAAUGCCUGAAAGAACAUCUCUGUUUCAGCUCAUCACCUCUACACUUGGCUACAUUUGUAGGAACUUUUUAGUUUUGUGACAGAUAACUACUGACGUUAAAGAUGCACAAUAUGUGUAUUGUCAAAAUUGUAAACUUGGUUGCUUUUCUGCAAAGAGAAUCCGCCCCUAACCAACAUGUCAUCAGCAAGCGCAUAAAAGCUCUCUGUGUUAUUCUCCCAUGUCUCUUUUGUUUCGGCCUCUCAGUCACGUGCUGGGAAGCCGAAAUGGGAGUCGACCGCUUAGAACCUGGAGGAAGGGCUACCCUCAGCCACGGAUGUACAGCUGAGGUUUCCCACUACAUCAAAAAUUAAAAAUAUAUGAGUAGGGGGUUUUCCUUACCUGAGUGCUGAGUGGUUCAUGUUUAGUUCUGCAGGGUGUGUGGUCAGUCUGGAGAGGCUGGGCUCUUUCCCCCAGUGCAGUCAUGCUCUGGGGGACUGGCCAUAUCUCAGUUGCACAUUUUCAUACAUUUUUUCAAUAUUUUGGGGGGUGCGUUAAUGAUUUAUUAUUAUUUUCCAGUCAUGGUUUGGCAGCCUUGUCUUUUGGGGGGAGGUGGCCCAUAGCCACUUCCUAUCUGUGGCACUGGGAUGCAUGAUAUUGUUCAUGUUUUUCCAAGCCGACCUCACACAGGUAGCUGUCAAGCACCCAUCGGCCAAAUCUAUCAUUCACUCGGGCCCUGAGUGCCCAUCACAGUCAUUGGGCCCUGAGUGCCCAUCACAGGUCAUUAAAUCUCUGCAAUUGCAAUCAAUAAAUUCAUUCAUUCAUUCAUUCAUUCAUUCAUUCAUUCAUUGUGGAUUCUUCAUGCUGAAAGGGCUAUUUAAGUGUGUGUGCGUUGUUUUUUAAUUUUUAUAAGCAAUUUUAUUUCCUAGGAGUAUCACAUCACCAAAUUAACACUGAAUUGUUCUGUAGUCAUAACACUGAAAACUUUGUGGAAAUUGUAUAUAACAUACCAUUAUUACUGUCUUGAAGAUUCAGAUGAGUCUUUUAAUACUAAGAGUUUCAAUUACUUUAAAUGUAUUAGUUUUGUAGAGGUAGUUUUUAUUAGGGAUGCACCGAAUCCAAGUUUUUGAGAUUAGGCCGAAUACCGAAUCCAUCUCAAAAGAUUCGGCCGAAUACCGAAUCUACAAAAACUGUCAAGAAAACUGUUGAAUGAAAAACAGACUGGCAGCUGCUAACAAGGUACACGCACAAUCUAUAGUCUUGAGUAUUUUUAGUUAAUAGUAUUUUUAUUACCAAAUCGAAGUAUAUCCCUGAAUAAGAUUUUAGUUUGAAACUUACACAGUUUACCACUAGCCCCCCCCCCCCCCCCCCACAACAGAAAUGUCAAAAUACAGGAGAGCUGCAUCUUUGCCAUAACCCACUAUUUUCUUUUAUGAUGUGACAGUAACAUCUGACAGUUGUUCUCAGUAUGAUCUAUAUAAUGUGUUUCACAGACAAAGCAACAAAGCACAAGAGUCUACAAUAGUUUGCUGUUACUAUAUAUUACAGGUUUACUGCAUAACUUUACUCCAUGUGAUGUGACUUGUGCUGUGUUGCAUACAGGGGGGGGGGGGGGGGUGUUUACAUUCAGCAGCUGCGUGACGUGUUUAGUACGUGUGCCACCAAUAAUUUAGGGAGUUGAGAACUACGACAGAGUUCAUCAAACAUGUUCUUGUUCUUGAAUACCUGUUAUUAAAUACAGCAGUUACGUUCAAUACCGGAUUUGUGUCUUUUAUUUAAAGAAGAAUUGCACACAUUGGAGGGAUGUUUUUAAAUGGAUGUGUGUUUGGGCAAAAAGUAGGUAUUCGGGCCGAAUCCGAAACCGAAUCCUGGAUUCGGUGCAUCCCUAGUUUUUGUUGAUGGUGCCUCCAUUAAUGUAUAACAGUCCUUAGGCUAUUUACAAAUGUAUUGCGGUUACAGUUUUCAUAAUGUGUAAGCAAGCAGGUAUCCUCAGUUGCAUAAAUUCUUGUUCUUUAAAUGUGAAUGUGUUUUUUUUUUCAGAUUUUUUUUUUUUUUUCCCGAAGAACCACAAUAUUUAGUCAACCAUGUACUUAUUUCAAGCAUUGUUUCAAACAUCAUGCACCACAGCAGCCUGAAUGACAUUUAAACAAAGUAGAUGUCUGCUAAGAUGUAUUCUAUUAUAUCUGGUAAGCUCAAUAAACAGUUUACUUUUUAGUCAUUUCAUGAGGUUUGGCAACUUUUAUUGUUUUUUUGGUUUAAAAAAAUUCAGAUCUUUUGAUUUCUUUUAUUGCAUGUACAUUACACGUCAACAUGUUAUGUAUUUAUUGUCAAACGAUACAAUUUACUCCUUGCUGGCUUCUCUUAUGAACUUGCAGACAAAAUGAGAAAUUUGGGUAUGAUCUUUGACCCAAAUGUUUCUUUUGAGACACACAUCACAUCAAGAAAUAUCGCCAAAUUAAGAAGUAUUGUUUCCCACUCAGAUACUGAGAGAUUGAAGCAUGCUUUUGUAUCUUCUAGAAUUGAUUAUUGUAAUGUCCUAUUCUCUGGUACUCAUAGCUAUGCUGUAUCUCGACUGCAACUUGUACAAAAUGCUGCAGCUAGAAUCUUAACCGGGACUAAGAGACGAGAUCACAUUACUCAUGUGCUAGCAUUUCUGCACUGGCUUCCGGACUGAUUCAGGAUAGAUUUUAAAGUGUUGCUUUUAACUUGUAAGGCAUUAAAUGGCCUUGCACUGUCGUAUUUAAAUGAUCUUUUAAUACCAUAUAUUCCUAGACGCCCACUCAGAUCACAGAAUGCCAGGUUGCUUACUGUCCUAGAAAUUAGAAAAAAAAAAAAAAUCAACAAAAAAACAGGUGGUAGAGCAUUAAGUUAUAGGGCCCCAAAAUUAUAUAAUGAUCUGCCAAGUUCUGUAAGGGAAGCACCAAGUGUCACUGCUUUUAAAACAAGAUUAAAAACACCCUUUUAUAAUGUAAAGUUUUUAGGCUAAAAUGAUACUCCUUUUAUUCUCUGCCUUGUUUUACUGUUCUAUGUGUUUCUUUUGUUCUUGCUCUUCUUGCAUUCUUUUAUUAAUAUUUUUAAUGUUUUUAUUCAUGUGAAGCACUUUGCAGCAAUUUUUAUUGUGAAAGGCGCUAUAUUAAAAAUAGAUUAUUAUUAUUAUAUAGGUUAAAGACAAUUCUUGCUUAAAUCACUUCUCUUUUUGAGCUAUAUCAGAUCUUUGAAGCCUGUUGUAGCAAGAAGUGGAAAGGUUACAUUUUUUCUUUGCUGUCGGUAUGGUGUCAAUGUCUAAUAUCACAGUGUUGAAAUUGCAGAGGUUUUACCUUUUUUGACAUUUUUAUUUGGUGAGAAAAAUAACGUACCUGUAUAUAAACUGGUAAAUGCGUAAAUGUUUGUAUUUUUCUUACUGCCUAUAAGUGUUUAAACAUAAUUCUUGUCACAUACCAAAGGAACACUUGCAAUAAAACAAAAUGGGAACAAUUAUUUUUUUACGGUUAUAAUUCCAUUACAAAUAAUUAAUCUGUAUGUAGUAUUUUAAUGUACACUGUCUUGAAGUCUUCAGAAACCAAUAGUUUAAGAUUUCAAUUAGUAGAGCCAUAGUCACAAAAACAUAUCAGAAUGCAGUUAGGGGAAAGGGAAUGUAUGCAAAAAGAAAAACAGGCCAGAUGUUAUUAGUAGAUAUUUAGUUAUUGGGAUGCAAGACAUGAACCUGUAUCUAUACAGUAUAUAUAGUUUAUUGCAACAAUGUGUACAACAUGACAAUGUUAUUGCAACACCGCAUACUAAGCUUGAAAAAACCUGAUAAUUACACAAUUGCUUGGUGCUUUGUAGUUUACAUUGAAUGUCCACAACUUUAUUUCUUUUUGCUGAUCAAGAUUUUUUUGUUACUGUCAUUCUGUUCUGUAUUUAGUACAUAGCAAUCGGUUUUGAUACCAUUUGUAUUGAUUGAGUUAUACUUUGAAUAAAAUUAUCUUCCUAAGAA